AUGGUAUUGAAAAUAGCGCUCAUAGCGCUAUUGUACUACCCUCUAUCAAUCGGACUUACGUUUUACCAGAAAUGGUUCAUAAAGAACUAUAAAUUGCCGCUGUUCGUUGUGUGUUGGCACUACAUAGUGAAAUGGCUUGCUGCUGUUUCUAUUCGUGCUGUUUACGAAUUCUUCUACAAAAAGCGAAUGCGUCUUCAUCUAAAGGAGCAGCUGAGAUGGCUUGCACCUAUUGGAAUAUGUGCCUCGUUAGACAUUGGACUGUCAAACUGGGCACUUGAAUAUGUCACAGUCAGUCUAUACACGAUGGCUAAAAGCAGUUCCAUCCUGUUCAUUGUUGCAUUUUCGUUGUUGUUGAGACUGGAACGAUGGCGUCCAGCACUAGGCUUAGAAACUGGCCUCAUUGCUACUGGACUAUUCCUGUUCACAUGGCAUUCAUCUCAGCUGGACCUCACAGGGCUACUUUUAGUAGAGCUCGCUGCAUCUUGCACUGGAGUUCGAUGGACAGUCUCACAGCUAGUGAUGCAAAGAGAAGAACAGGCACUAAGUCAUCCUUUAGACAUGGUCGCACAUGUACAACCGUGGAUGUUGAUUCCUAUUGUACCUCUCAUAGUUAUGUUUGAAGGUGGAGAACUCUCCUAUGACACUGUUCUCUUCUACAAAGAACAUUAUGCUCCUGUUCAAGUGACGUUAUUGAUAAUUUGCGGAGGAUUGCUCGCAUUCUGCAUGGAAAUGUCAGAAUAUCUACUCCUUGUGAACACAUCUGGUAUCACUUUGAAUAUUUUUGGAAUAAUAAAGGAAGUUGCAACUCUUUUAUUAGCUCAUUUGUUGAACAAUGACCGGCUUUCGUCGGAAUGGCCCUUCACGGCAUGUCUAGAAAGCGUCAGAGAUCUCGUCCGGGAAGUCCUCAGGAUGAUUCUCGGAAAUUACUUAUGGUGGAAGACAUCGAGACUUAAAAAACAGGACACUUCUCCAGAGGAAUGUUUGCACUUUAUUUUCAUGGUGUUGGAUCUGUGA